AUGGUGGGCGAUCAGCAUCCUCUGAGUCUGUUGUUUGGAUUGUUCUCUGUAGGGAUAUUGCCUCAAAGAAAAGGCUUGGAGAACUACACUGCUGGAUCUGGAUUCACUCUUCUGGGAUUUACUGACCACUCCAGCCUGCAGGGCUUCUUGUGCUUCACAGUAUUCCUGGCCAUCUACCUCGUGAUCCUCACCAGCAACAGCCUGAUUGCACUCAUCACAGCAAUGGACUCAAGCCUUCACAGCCCCAUGUAUUUCUUCCUGAGGAACUUGUCCUUCCUGGAGAUCUGCUACACGUCAGUGACUCUGCCAAAAAUGCUGCUGGGGUUCCUAACAGAAGAUGGCAGGAUCUCCUUCCUUGGCUGUGCUGCCCAGAUGUAUUUCCUGGUUUCGUUGGGUAGCAUCGUGUGCCUUCUCCUGGUUGCCAUGGCCUAUGACCGCUACACAGCCAUCUGUGACCCCCUGCACUACAGCCUCAUCAUGAGCAGGGGUCUCUGCAUCAGAUUGGUGCUGGGAUCGUGGCUGGUUGUCACACCAGUGCAAGCAGGACAGACCUACCAGGUGUUCACUUUGCCCUUCUGUGCAUCCCAUGACCUUCAUCACUUCUUCUGUGAUGUCCCCCCUCUGCUGGAACUGGCCUGUGCAGACACUUUCUGGAACGAAGUGAUGCUCUACACCAUCAUCCUGGUAUUUGUAAUGCUGCCUUUUUUCUUGAUAGUAAUUUCUUACGGUAAAAUUAUCAGGGUGAUUCUGAAAAUGCCAUCAGCUCUGGACAGACGCAAAGCCUUUUCCACCUGCUCUUCACACCUUGGGGUAGUGUCACUCUUCUAUGGCUCGGCCACAGUCAUCUACUUAAAGCGAUGGUCAAGGGACUCUGCGGACACUGACAAAUACCUGGCCCUCUUCUACACAAUUGUGACCCCCAUGUUUAACCCUGUCAUCUACAGCCUGAGGAAUAAGGAAGUGAGAAUUGCCUUGAACAGACUCCUAUCGAUAAAGUGA